GAGAGGCGGGACGAGAGCCCGGAGGGGCUCGGGAUUGCGGAAGUUUUGUGAGGAGGGUCCGGCGGCUCUUGGAGCUCUGUGUAGAUUAGGAUCCCGUCCGGAAGGGAGGGUGCUGCUAGGGGUCGGGGAGUCAUCAGCCUGCGCACUCUUUUGGGGUUACACCAGGCGGGGCUCGACGUCGCCGCUGUUGGUCCUGUGCCUUCGUUCCUCCCCAGGGAACCGCUUCGGGUCUCCGCCAUGGCAUCCACUUCGUCCAACCUCCAGAAAGCGAUAGAUCUUGCUAGCAAAGCAGCCCAGGAAGACAAAGCUGGGAACUAUGAGGAAGCCCUUCAACUCUACCAGCACGCUGUGCAGUAUUUUCUCCACGUAGUUAAAUAUGAAGCACAGGGUGAUAAAGCCAAGCAAAGUAUCAGGGCAAAGUGUACAGAAUAUCUUGAUAGAGCAGAAAAACUAAAGGAAUACCUGAAAAAGAAAGAGAAAAAACCACAGAAGCCCGUGAAAGAGGGACAUCCGAGUCCAGCUGACGAGAAGGGGAAUGACAGUGAUGGGGAAGGAGAAUCUGAUGAUCCUGAAACAAAGAAACUACAGAAUCAACUUCAAGGUGCCAUUAUUAUGGAGCGACCUGAUGUGAAAUGGAGUGAUGUUGCUGGUCUUGAAGGAGCCAAAGAAGCACUUAAAGAGGCUGUGAUAUUGCCUAUUAAAUUUCCUCAUCUUUUUACAGGUAAGAGAACACCUUGGAGGGGAAUCCUCUUAUUUGGGCCUCCUGGAACAGGAAAGUCCUAUUUAGCCAAAGCUGUAGCCACAGAAGCAAACAACUCCACCUUCUUCUCGAUACAUUCCUCCCACCUGGUUUCUAAGUGGCUGGGUGAAAGCGAAAAGCUAGUUAAGAACUUAUUCCAGCUUGCCAGAGAGAAUAAACCUUCCAUUAUCUUCGUCGAUGAGAUCGAUUCUCUGUGCGGCUCGAGGAGCGAAAACGAGAGUGAAGCAGCGCGCAGGAUUAAGACGGAGUUCCUGGUCCAGAUGCAAGGUGUUGGUGUGGACAAUGAGGGAAUUUUGGUUCUGGGAGCUACAAAUAUACCCUGGGUUCUGGAUUCUGCCAUUAGGCGAAGAUUUGAGAAACGGAUUUAUAUUCCUCUGCCAGAGGCCCAUGCCCGAGCCGCAAUGUUCAAACUGCACUUGGGGACCACUCAGAACACUCUGACGGAAACGGACUUCCGAGAGCUCGGGAAGAAGACGGAGGGCUACUCGGGGGCAGACAUAAGUGUCAUUGUGCGAGACGCACUCAUGCAGCCUGUCAGGAAAGUACAGUCGGCCACCCAUUUUAAAAAGGUUCAAGGACCUUCACGAGCUGAUCCUAACAACAUAGUGGAUGACCUGUUAACGCCCUGCUCUCCUGGGGACCCGGGCGCCAUUGAAAUGACGUGGGUGGAUGUCCCUGGCGACAAGCUCCUGGAGCCGAUUGUCUCCAUGGCGGACAUGUUGCGGUCACUAGCUAGCACAAAACCCACAGUCAAUGAACACGACUUGCUGAAAUUAAAGAAGUUUUCAGAAGAUUUUGGCCAAGAAGGCUAAACCAAAGACCAGGAAGACGUUUGCCACGUGUGUUCUCUCUGUCGUCGGCAUCGUCGCCUUUCCUGGGCGGCACUCAGGUCGUCCUCCAGUGACCCUUCUGUGCAGGGAGGCAGGGCUCACGUCAGUGCUCCUCUGCAUUGUACAUGUCUGUGUGCUCUCUUACCUAUUACAUGCUCUUAUUAACAAAAUUAUAAAACAACGGGCUCUGAAGCCGUCUGGUGUGGCUUGGUUGAGCAUCGACCCAGGCACCAGGAGGU